AUGCCCGAAUACGUCUACGUGAUUCAUGAAUUCAUCCCCGAGAAUCCGGACGAGAUUCCCAUGCGUACGGGGGAGCGCAUCGAAGUUAUUGAUAAAGAUGAUGAAUAUCAGGACGGAUGGUGGCAGGGACGCAAUACUGCGGGCCAAGUUGGGCUGUUUCCGCAGAGUUACACCUCCUACAAGCCCCCUGCUAUACCGUCCAUCCUCGCAGCGCAGGAAAGCGCCAAUGUAUCGUCUUCAUCGUCUACUGUAGAGGCGAGCGGGCGACGCACUUCAAGUGGGUCUCAGCUUGCCCGUUGUGCAGCUGAUCCGAUUCUGAGCAAUAGCACAGAAGAUAUGUCUCCACUCCCUCCUCGAACCGACGCAGAAGGCGAGGAUGAUGGUGAAAUGAUGAAGGCGACCAUGACCGACGUUCAGAAGGCUAUUGAGCAACUCGGUCGCAGCGGUGACGACGGCUCGCACAGCUUCAGCUUUGCGAGCUCCCAUUCUCGGUCAACGGACCACUCGGAGAUCGAGGACGACACCGAUGGAGACGACGAAGCUGACGGCUAUGGCUGGUCGAAGGGCACUCGGACGAAGCUUGCAAUGCGUGCACAACAGGCAAACGAGGAGCGGGCCUCGAGGGAACGCACAGAGGCGGUCAAACUAGCGAGGUUGAGCUCAGGUCCCCCGACACCAAUGCGUUCUACGGCUCCCCCUAUCGACGUAGAGAUGAGUGACGAGAGCGAAGACGAGGAGGAGGAGCUUUCGCAGAUGCGGUUUAACCCUCGACGGACAAGCUCAAGCCCGCGUAUUGGAGGCUCACCUAUCUACCCGAACAUACCCGAGGAAGACGAGGAGGAAGGCAUGCCGACGUCAAUACCGCCACUAUCGACCCCACAUCGCAGCUUGGAUUUCGAUUCUCAAUCAACACCCUCGAUUACUGUGACUGACCAUCAGCCUGCGCUGCACACGGACUCGACGGAGAUCGUACCAUCGGAAGACUUCAUCGUACCCUCUCCUGCCGGGGACGAGACCGAGCUUCCGACUGCUCGCGCUGAGAAGACUAUCUUCACCGAAGAACAGUUGUCUUCGAGCCCAAUUCCGAAACCUGCGCUGCUCGCCUCCCAUGCGGCAAAGGUCGCUCCACCUUCACAAGCCGUUGCAGAUACCAUCGUCGGGUCAGCGCCGCUGAGUGUUCUGGCACAGGCUGAUGAAAUUUCUUCUCCUCCCCAGUCCGACAGGAUGUCUAGUUUCUCUUCCCCCACCAUCACUUCUGGGGCCGCGUCGACCGUGCAGACCGUGACACCUUCGACGAGUACGAUUCGUCUUGGGGAGGUAUCAGCGCUCCCGAUCACCACGGGCUCCUCUUCCGUGCAGCCUUCGCCCACUGCGUCGUCCUUCGCAGGCUCGACCAGCAUGAGCUCUGCAGGCGUGCAGCAGGCGCUCACACCAGCGACUACUAUGUCAAUCAACAGCGUGGGAGGGGUAGAGAAGCCCCCGGGAACGGAGGGCAAGAAGCCAGAAGGUCACCCAUCGGAGUGGACUGUCGAGCAGGUAGUGGAGUGGCUGAAAUGGAAAGGGUUUGAUGAUGGCGUCUGCGAGAAGUUUAUUGAGCAAGAAAUCACAGGCGAUGUUCUCAUGGAACUCGAUGCGAACGUUCUCAAGUCUGAGAUCGGCAUCUUCACGUUCGGCAAGCGUGCCCGCAUCAUAAACGCGAUAACCGAGCUACGCCGUCCGCCCUCGAUUUACGAAUCCCCUUCUCACACACCUGCGCGCGUCAUGACGCCCCGCUCGCAGACCGGUCAGUCAUUGCAGUACUCGCAUUCACAUUCCGCCAGCAUGCAGAGCUCAGCUCCGACGCAUGGCUCGUGGGGCUACUCACCAUUGUACGCGCCCAGCAUGCAUGGGAACAUGAACAGUCCAGGGAUGCCUCCUGUGCCAAGGGAGGAGAGUCCACCGCCUACUGGGGACAGUGAUAUACGCCAUGGGUGGCCUAUGCCUGAGCCUGAGCCGGCAACAGCUCCUGCAGAGACGGAGAAGCCCAAAGACGAGCCUCUGGUUGGGCUUGGUCUCGGGUUGAAUGCGCCUCCUGCGGUCAAUGGGAAGGAAACUAAGUCGCGUCCGCCGAAUUUGGUUCUUUCACCAUCGCCUAGCGACGGGGCGCUGCAAGCGAGCAAGGGACGCCGCAUGUUCUGGCGAUCCGAAUCUGGUUCGAUCAAGGAGAAGACGUCGAUCAAUGACGUAUCCAGUCGCCACUCGAAGGAUGCGAGCAGCCAGCGCUUAAGGGAUACGGGAAGUCGGCAGUCGAAGGACGCGGGCAGUCGAAAUUCGAAGGAUAUCGCUAGUCCGCAGACGCCCUCGACGACCCUGACGACCUCGACGACGGAGAUUCCGCCAGUGCCGCCAUCGCCGAGUGUAGCUAAGCCAGAACCGAUCGAGGAGGUUGCCGCGACGAGACGGGUUCCGAGGAAGAGGGAGACUUCAGAAGGACGAAAGGCUUCGGAUCGUCUCAGCCUGUUCGGUGGUACCUUCUCCGGCACUCUCGGGAAGGGAAAUAAGAACAGGAAGCCUCCGCCUAGCAUCUCAACGUCUGGAGGUGAGGAAGAGAAACACCAUGGCACAUUCUCUAGGAUCCGGGAGAAGAGGUCUUCCAGGCGACCAUCCACAUCUGAUGGUACUUCUACUAAGAAGCCUCAUCACGUUCCGUCAAUCAGAGAGGUCAAGGAAUCCGCGGGAAGAGCCCUCGAGUCUGUCGAGAAGAAGAUGGAUCAUAGGGAGUGCAAGGAGGAGAGCAAGGAGGGGCUGAAAUCGCCAAAAGCGAAGCUUAAUGAAGUAAAGGAGAAAGCGCCGAGGCCCAAAGACAAUGGGAAGGAUCCCUCUACUCUGAGGAAACGCACUGUGUCCUCUGCCGGGGUGCCAGCGGUGAACAUUACUCCGCCGGACUCUCAAGGGAAUGGUAAGCCACGGUUCGAGCAAGGCAAGAGCAUUCUGCGACAGCUGGGGGAGGCGGAUCACAAAGGCUGGAUGCGGAAAAGAGGUGAACGGUACAAUACGUGGAAGAUGCGGUACUUCGUUCUGACGGGUCCACAUCUCUACUGGUUGCGGAGUGACAAGGACACGGAGACCAAGAUCAAAGGUUACAUCAACAUUGCUGGCUGCAAGGUCUCUCCGGAUGAGAACAUUGAUCCUGGACGCUAUGGCAUCCGCAUCGAGCACGAGCACGAGAAGGCCCAUUACUUCAGUUCUGAAGAGCAUGCUGUCAUUCGAGAGUGGAUGAAGGCCCUCAUGAAGGCUACUAUCACGAGGGACUAUACUGACAUUGUUGUCUCAUCAUGUAAUAUACCAACAAUCCCUCUCACUGUUGCUCAAGCCAUGAACCCCUCGCCUCGGCCACCGUCUCCUGGAUCGCGCGCGGCCACUCAGAAAGCAAUGCGUCCGCAGAACCCACAUCAGCUGUCCGAACGCGACGCACAGGUAUUGCUCAUGGGCGUGCAGGCGAAGGACAGGAAUAUACCGAGUUCCCUACGUUCGAGGCGGCAGUCUUUGUUCGCCAAUGACACGCUUUCCGCGAAGGGCAUUGAACCACCGUCACCGAAGGCUGCCACUCCUGCUGCUCCACCGCGACCGUCGCGAGAGUUGCGACGGCUGAAUUCGACUGCAGAACCGCAACCUGCUAUGGACGCCAACUUGAUCGAGUGGGCGAACUCUCACUUGCCAACGUCCUUGCAGGUAUCUGAUCCGUCUGGGCCACCUUUCGGUGGUCUAGCGCUUCUGCGUCUAGCAGAAGACAUCAAGGGCAAGUCCUCGUCGCCUAGGGUGCCAGACUCGGCCUUCCCCUCCGGUUCCGAGAAUGACAAGCUGGAUGGGCUGUUCAGACUUUUCGAUUUCCUGCUUGAUAACGACGUGAAGAUAAACUCAGUGAGCAUGAAUGACAUCCGGCAGGGCAAGAAGGAGAAGAUCGAGCAGCUGCUGCGGGCGAUGAAGGCAUGGGAGGAUAAGAGGAAAGCAGUUGUGCACAGUCUUUAG